CCGUGCGUCGCUGGCUUCCCGGUCUCUCCCUGGCGCGCGAAUGGCGGGCAGAGCCGAGCCCUAGCAGGCGCCUCCGCCGCGGAGCCCCGCGCCCCCGCGGCCUGGCGUCGCGCCCUGGCUCGCCAGGGGCGCAAGGGACGUCGCGCUGGGCGCUGGAAGGCUGAGGCGCGGAGCGGGGGCGGCCGGCGCGUUGCAGCAGCACCAGCCUCGGAUCCAAGAAUGGACAUUAUAGCCUAUGAUGAUUUCUCCGGUCCACCGCUUCAGAGAUAUUGAGAGAAAACCAGAAUACCUCCAGCCGGAUAAGUGCAUUCCACCUCCUACCCGCAGUUCCUCAGGAACAAUGUGGUUUAUUCGAGAUGGCUGUGGUAUCGCCUGUGCAGUCGUCACUUGGUUUCUGGUCUUCUACGCAGACUUUGUAGUCCUCCUUGUUAUGCUGAUUCCGUCAAGAGACUAUAUUUACAGUGCGAUCAAUGGAGUAGUUUUCAACACAUUGGCAUUCCUGGCUCUGGCUUCCCAUAUGCGAGCUAUGCUAACAGAUCCGGGUGCAGUGCCCAAAGGUAAUGCUACAAAAGAGUUUAUAGAGAGUUUACAGCUAAAGCCAGGCCAAGUGGUAUACAAGUGUCCAAAAUGCUGUAGCAUCAAACCCGACAGAGCACAUCAUUGCAGUGUUUGUAAGAGAUGUAUUCGAAAAAUGGAUCACCACUGUCCGUGGGUUAACAACUGUGUAGGAGAGAAUAACCAAAAGUACUUUGUACUGUUUACGAUGUAUAUAGCACUGAUUUCCCUGCAUGCCCUGAUCAUGGUUGGAUUUCACUUCCUAUAUUGUUUUGAAGAAGAUUGGACAAAGUGCAGUUCUUUCUCUCCACCGACUACUGUGAUCCUUCUUAUUCUCUUGUGUUUUGAGGCUCUCCUCUUUCUCAUCUUCACAUCUGUAAUGUUUGGAACGCAGGUACACUCCAUCUGCACUGAUGAAACGGGCAUUGAGCGGCUUAAAAAACAGGAGCCCACUUGGGAAAGAGUCGUCGGCUGGGAAGGGAUGAAACUGGCUUUUGGGGGUGAAUUUUCUCUGCGGUGGCUCAGUCCUUGUUCGGACCUGAGUUGCGAGAAGGCUCCGCCAUCCGGUACAGCAACAGUUGCGCCAUCUGAGAGGGUGGCUCAGGAAGCUUUUGAACAGCUUUCUGAUCAUGAGUUUGUUGUGCAAGUGUGUUAAAGGAAUAAUGCUAAGUGCCCUUAACAAUUUCUGCAUACUUUUGAAAUCUAUGCACUUGAGACUUAGCUUUAAGGGACCAUGAUGCAUGAAGCCGCUGGGGCUACAUUGUUCCCUGUAGCCAAGGGCCAUACUAAACACAAGCAAUGCAGCCAGAUUCUCACAACGUCCAUCUAUGGAUGAUGACAACAGUUUAACUGAGCUACUGUAACCGUCCUGUGAAACGUAAACCGUUUAUAAAGUUAACAUUUCCUUUUUGAAAGUAUGCAAUAACUAUGUUGUUUCCCAGGAGAACCACGAAGCUUAGCGCAUCUCAGACUGGUCUGUUUGGUGUUUUGUUUUGAUCUCAUGGCAUAUGGAGAUUGACCAAGAAAAUCAAAACAAGUACAAAACUUUAAGUUCAGCAAUGUGAUUCUGGGAGGCCAGGGAAAUCCUUUUUAUUCCUGCUCUAUUAAUUGAGAGGGUUUGUGUUCCUCUAAAUGGUCCCCCGGGAAGCACAACUGUGUUAGAAAUAGUUGGUUUUGCUACCAAUAAUAUAUACCAAUAACAAAUAAUUUUAAUCAGAAGAACUACGGAGAUUAAGUUCAAUUGCCCCUUUUCAGCCAAACCAGCAUUUUGAAUAUUGGUGAUUGUUUAUUACAGCUGGUAAUAAUUGUGAUAUAAUUCUAUGAUGUUCUGAUAAUGGUAGUUAAAAAGCUGGAUUUGGGAUGCUGAUUUUUGAAAGGAUGAUCAAUAAUUUUAAUGUCUUACAAAUGACAGUGAUCAAAAAUUUCAAUGUCUUACAGAUAUGUAGCCUGUUUGGUGCAGUCUAUAAAAUUAGAAUUCUGAUGGUGCUGCUACAAUCAGCGGCUAUAGCCUUAGAAUAAGCUUGAAAGUUGCAGUGCAGCUUUUUGAAAAACGAUCUAAUGGGGAACACAGUUAUUAUCACUGUGGCUUGGAUGAUAAACACUUGAAUGGCAAAAGCCGUGACCAAAUGCUCCUGUGUACCUUCAAAGGGGACCAAUUAAUCUUAGUGUCAAGGACACCACUUAUUCCCAAGAAAUUCUUGGAAAAAGAGGAGAUUAUCUGUCUGGAAACAAAUGUUUUAAGGUUAGACAAGUGGACUUUUCAGCUUCUUCCUAAAGGCUGGGUGUUUUUCUGUACUCUGUCAAAGAGGAGGUAGUCAUGCCUUAAGCUUCUUAUCACAUGGUGGAACAUCAGCAGGCCUAUUCAGCACUUCAACUGCGACAUGUGCAAAAAGGGCCAGGAUUCAGAGACCUCUUCAACUCUGCUGGCAGGCCUCAUAUUUGAUUUUCUUCUCUUUCCCUCUCCUUAAUUGGCUAACUGAAGCAUCAAAAACAGUUUGGGAGAUACAACAUGUUGCUUCCGUUCAAUGGGAGGGGUGCUCCUUUGGCUUUCUAGCCUAUAUAUUGCCUUUAAAACCUUAAAUUUAUAAACAUCUGUAAUUUAUUUAAAAUAUGGAACUAUAGCAUUUUGAAAGGAUGAAGGCUACUUCUCUCUUUCCUAGAGGAAACUAAAAAGCUACCAACAGUUCUCAGCAAGGGGCUUAAGAGAUCUUCAUAAGCAUCGUGUGCAUUCCUAGAAGGGAGAAAUACCACUAGCCUGAAAUCAAAUGAGGAAGUAAUCCCGUGUACGUCCUUUUCAACUCCCACAUAAAGCUGGAGCGAACUGUAGCUGCUCCUGUCCUUUCCUUCUCUGUUCUGCCCCACAAUAAUCCGGAGGAUUCCAUUUUGUCCUUACUGCAGUCGGUAUAAGUGGGCAGACCAAAGGACCGGGGGCAGAAUGGGCUCCUGCUUUAUCAGGGACCUUGAUGGGUUUCCCCAACAGGCCAAACAGCACCUCUACAGACUGUUUCAGGUUGGGAAAAUGGUGUGAGGGGAGGUUGGAGUCCUUCCCCCAUGAACACAACACUUGCAAUCUGAAUCAGGCACUGUGUUCAUGGGGAGGAGAACCUACUACUACAUCUGAGAGCCAAACUACAAGUGACGCCUUACACAGGUUGGACACUUGUCAGCUUACCUCAAGUUUUGAUGGGAAAUGUAGGCAUCCUGGUUUUACAGCUUGGCUCUCCAUUACAGCUGCAAGACUAGGAUGCCUACCUUUCCCAUUAAAAC